AUGCUCCUUCUUCCAUUGAUACUUGUCCAGUUUUUGUUUCAGUUCUGUUUUCUUCCUCUGAACUUCAACUACACGCCGCUUCCUAUCUUCAAACUCCAUCGGAUUCGAUUUAGGAAGCAAAAAUCAAUGCAUCGAGACCCUUCAACGUUUUCAUCGCAGAUGGAUAUGAAUCCUCCGUUUCCAGAGCAUGAGCAUCUCAAUUGCCCUCGAUGCAAUUCCAGCAACACCAAAUUCUGUUAUUACAACAACUACAAUCUCUCACAGCCUCGUCACUUCUGUAAAAACUGCCGACGGUACUGGACCAAAGGCGGCACUCUGCGUAACAUCCCGAUCGGUGGCGGCAUCCGCAAAGCCACCAAACGCUCUUCAAAUCCAAACAAACGCACAUCGCCGACGACGCAACAACCACCUCUACCACCAACACCUGCCGCUGCACCUCCACUUCCACAGAAACAGCAAUCAUGUGUUGUUUAUGGAUAUGAUGAUUUUGGAAGCAACUUUUUGGUCAGAUUGAAUGGUAGCAAUAAUCCGAACGCAGUGAGAGAAGAAUCGAGCUGUUGGAGUCGGGGAGAGAAUGGCUGGCCUGAUCUUUCUAUUUUCACACCAGGUUCAAGCUUCCAUUAA